AUGAAGCCUAUAUCUGUGUCAGGCACCGGUCUCGCGACAUCUAUUGCUUUGGCGACAUGUUUAGCAGGCGCGUUGGCCAAAGGGAAUAGUUCGACUGUUCCGCUCAGGCUGACAGUCGCAAGGGAGGGUGGCAACAAGUCGAGUCCGCUCCUAUAUGGAGUUAUGUUUGAGGAAAUGGACCACUCUGGUGAUGGUGGAAUUCACGGACAAUUGCUACAUAACAAUGGAUUUCAAGGAACUAGUCUGGGUCUGACUGCCUACGCUCCGGUGGGAGAUGUGACAAUCUUCCAGGAUACCUCAAAACCCGUCAGCAAAGCAAUUACGUCUUCGCUCAAUGUUGAAGUACCAAAUGGGGUUAAAGACUAUGUUGGCUUUGCCAAUACCGGUUACAAAGGAAUUCCAGUCACCGGCGCCACAUACAACUGUUCAUUCUGGAUGAUGGGUAACUACUCGGGAACCAUCAACCUGCAGCUUGUUGGGUCGCAUGAUGGUUCGAUACAUGCCGAUCACAACUUGACUGUCAACAGUACGGAUUCAAAAUUCACGGAAUUCAAAACCAGGUUCAACACUACUUAUACACCAAAAGGGGACAAUGAGUGGCAUUUGACCUUUGAUGGAUCGAAAGUUGCUGGUAGCUCGUUGAACUUUGGCUUAAUUCAGCUGUUUCCUCCUACUUUCAAAGGAAGAGAAAAUGGGUUGCGAGAUGACAUUGCAUUGUUUCUGGACGAGAUUAAUCCAUCGUUUCUCCGUUUCCCCGGUGGGAACAACCUCGAAGGCUUGCAAGUUGAGUCUCGCUGGAAGUGGAACACCACGAUUGGACCCGUGGUCGACCGCCCAGGAAGAGAAAGUGACUGGUUUUACCCUAACACAGAUGCCCUCGGCCUGGACGAAUAUCUGUGGUGGUGUGAAGACAUGAACAUGGCGCCACUCCUAGCUGUGUGGUCAGGCAAGUCCUAUGGGGACAUCCUCUCCGGGCCAGACCUUGAACCUUUCGUCGAAGAUACCAUGAAUGAGAUGGAAUAUCUCUUUGGCGACUCCUCGACACAUUAUGGCAAACUGCGAGCCCGCAACGGUCGGAAAGAUCCAUGGAAGGUUGAUCUUAUUGAAAUUGGAAACGAAGAUGACCUGACCCGUGGCUGUGACACCUAUCCGGAUCGUUUCAAUCAAAUCUACAAGGCCAUCCACGACAAAUACCCACACAUCACGCUUGUUGCCUCCCAUGGGAAUUAUUCAUGUCUGCCAUCUCCCCUUCCCAAAAAUGUCAUUAUCGAUCUGCAUCUGUAUCGCGCACCAGACGACUUUGUCAAAUUGUUCGAUCAGUUUGAUAACCAGCCGCGGAACCAGUCAGUGAUGAUUGGAGAGUUCGGAUGUCGCAAUACUACAGAAGAGACAGGAGUAUACUGGCCUUACAUGCAGGGCAGCUGCAGUGAGGCUGUAUACAUGAUCGGAAUGGAGCGCAACAGUGAUAUUGUCAAGAUGGUGGCUUAUGCACCCUUGAUGCAGCACUUUGAUUUCGUCACUUGGUCGCCCACCUUGUACGGGUUUGAUUCCGCUCCUGACUCUAUCACACCUACAGUUUCAUAUUUUGUGCAAAAGAUGUUCGCAUCCAACAAGGGGGACACCAUUCUUCCAGUCCACUCAUCGGCAGGAUUCGGACCUGUUUACUGGGUGGCCUCGAAGACAGGUUCACAAUACUACUUAAAGCUAGCAAAUUAUGGUCACGAGCAUCAGAAUGUUAAGGUGAGUAUACCAGGAACAAAAACCGGUAGACUGGAGAUGCUUUCUGGACCCAAGUAUCACGGCGACACGCCUUCCAACGUGCAAAUCAAAACUGUCACCACCAGUGUCUUCAAUGGACAAGGGAAUUAUACAAUAAGCAUGGAUCCUUGGGCUGUCGCUGUUCUGGCAGUCUCAUGA